AUGCAUCUCAAAGGGUUCGCGCCUGUCUUGGCUGGCCUUGCCUUCGUCUGCUUCCCCGUGGUAUCUCUGACUGCUGGUAUCGGGCCUCAACCAGAACUAUCACUCUCGCUCCUCCAAGCACAUCAGGUCCCAAAACACCCGAUUCAACUGCGGACACCGCCGACAUUCAACGAGGCCUCUUUAAAGCCAUGGGACCCGCUGCCGCCGAAUUGGUUUCUGGGGAACUGGUUCAUCACAUAUUCCAAUCAAGAGCUUUACCACAUCUUUCGGAACUUCAUCUGGACUCUCACGCGACCUUGUGCGGAUGACGCCUGCUAUGCGCUCGAGGCCACAUACUUCGCCGACUUGGCGUCCUUCCAGCUCGUGAACGACACGCAGAAGCCCAACGCCACUUACUUCGGGUACUCGCUUGACACUGCUAUCAGUGGCGGUGGUGCCUACCACAGUGUGCCGGUGGCCUCCCUCGCAGCGCAGAACAAUACGUAUGAGGUCAUCAGCUGGGGCUAUGACUCCGAAGGAGCUGGCUUCGUGGUCGUGUAUGAGACGCCCGCCGCGUCAGAGACAGUAGCGUCGCUGGAUAUUUUCAGCCGAGCACCCUCGGGCCCAGCCACAGACACCCUCGACGCCAUCAAGUCCGGUAUCAAAGCGCUGGGCAACAAGAAGCUGAUUGACUUGUUGAAAAGUGUGACCAAGACACCCCAGGAUGGAGGCAGAGACAAAGAUCCCUGGCCCUCAUCAUAUUCCGUACCACUUUGA